AUGCAAGAGCAAGCAAAGGCCGAGGCAUUUGCCAAGCAGCAGCAGAAGGCAAGACGAACAUCUGACACACAACAGGAGGGGCUCGUACACCAGCAACACCAACACGAUCAGCAGCAGCAGCAGCAACUUCAACUUGCGAGCGAGGAGCGGCUACGGCAGGCGAGGGAACGGCGCCUAGCCGGCGAGAUGGCGGCACGGGAGCAGGUGUUGCAGGAGUUUACGCAGGACGAACAGCGCAAGAUGCAGCAGCAGCAGCUGGUGGCGGCCCAGUUGGAAGAGCAGGGGCGAUUGCUGCGACAGCGGAAUGAGGAGAAGCGCGCACGCGUGUCCGAACGCCGGCAGCGGGACUCUGAGGAGGCGGUGCUGAAGGCGAAAGCGCUGGAGAUGAUGCUGACGGCUGAUGCGAGUGCAGACCGCGAUGAUGAUGCAACUAGCGGUGAUGGUGGCGACGCGCUUUCAUCACAACAGAGGCGACGACGACGACGACGAAAGCAGGGGCGAAGGAGUGCACGGAGCAGCGACAGCACUUACGAAGAGCCAUCACAACCAGCGGUGGAGGAGGACGAACGAGAAGAAGGAGACGAAGCAGCAGAAGUCGAACAAGAGCCAGAGCGAGGACAGCACACGGCGCAGGAAAGGAACGUGGAGGAUGGCAAAGGCACAGGCGAGCAAGUGAAGCCACACCAGCAGAAGGCGCAGCAGCAACACGAGCAGCAUCGUGGCCAGCCUCAGCAACUUGAGCCAGCAACCAAAUCGACACGCUCGGGCGUGCUGUCAGCCAAUACGCGGGGAUUGCUGCGCGUGCACUGGUCCGUGCUGAUGCUGUCUUUUGCGCUGUUUCGUUUGGACGGACUUGAGAGCGAUGGUGGUGUUGAGAGCGAUGGCGAGCAAGCGGAUAGCGAACAUGUUGACGUGACGGCCGUGGAUGCCAGCGUUUGGGAUCACCAUGAGAACCAGCCGGGGCGUAAGCAACAAGAGCAAGAGCAAGAGCAAGAGCAAGAGCAAGAGCAACAGCAGCAGCACCAACAGCAGCAACACCAAGAGCCGGAACAGGAGAAGAGUCAGGUGCAUGCGCUGUUGCAGUCGCAUCCGCGUGUGGCAGCAAGCACCGCCUUGCCUCUGGUUUCCACAUCACGCCAUCAGCAGCAGUGCAAGAGCACGUGUGUCCAAUUGUUGCGCGCUCAUGCCUCCGUGCUGCGUGUGUGUUCACCGUGUCGAACAUUUCCCGUGAAGUUCUCCGAAAUCACAACCGCGCCAGCAGCACGCCACGCCCUGCCGGUGGCGACACAGCUGCCCAGAGCACACGGCAGGUUUGCCCUUGCCUCCGCUGAUGAUGUGGGCGUGCCGCAGUGUGUGGUGGACGUGUUGUCCGAGCUGACAUCAGCAGCGGAGGACCUGGUCAUGACGCAAUCAGCAACGGGUGUUGUGGACGCGCUGGCUGAGGCCUCGCUGGCAUACAUGCGCUGGCAGUCAUCUCCACCAAUCACAAUACCGGACAUUGCGGCAGACGUGGCGUGUACGGCGUGUGUUUCCGGUGUGGAGGAGGUGUUGCUGACAGCGUGGGUGCAGGGCGCGGUGACAAGCAUCACAGAGGCCGCGAGCGACCUGCUUGCAGCAAGUGACCCCACCAUGCUGUGCAUUGACGCUGUGGCAAGCACCGUCGUGGAGGAGGCGAUGGCAGAUGCCGUAGCUGAGAUGGCGGUGCCGCGUGUUGUGCAGCAGCUCAGCCAUGACGCAAUCGACCUCAUGCUGAUGAUGAUGGCGGCAGCAGGGGAAGAAGAGAAAGAGGGCAAGGAGGAGGGCAGCCGAGGUGUGGAGUUCGAUAUGGAGCCGCGCGAGGCGGCGCUGGUGGAAGAAGAACAUGUGGACGUGGACGGGCGAACAGAGACUGGCGCCGCCGAUGAGAGUGAGCGGGCGGUGGCAGCAGUUCCCGCAAGUGCUGUGAACAAAGGCGACCAAAGUGACCGGAAUCAGCAGAAAGCCGGCGACCAGCUCAAGCAACACCAAUCAGCAGAGCAAGCACAACAACCGGAACAAGCCGUGCCAGCAGGUCAAGUUGAGCCAACAGAGCAGCAUGAAGAGGCUGGGGUUGCUGCCGUGCCGCUUGCUGCAUUGGAUGGCGCCGAAACCGGUGAUGAAGGACAGCAGCCCUUGAAGGUGACGACGUUGGUGAAGCAAGUCAUGGGGUCUGUCGAUGGUGUGCAGAGUGCCACGGCAAACGCAUCUCAACACCCAGCGACAGCGGCGCCUGUGGCAGCAGCAGAACAGCAGCAGCAGCAACAGCAGCAGCAUGAAGGAGACGAGCCAGCAGCGCUCGGCACGACGAUGGCAGCAGGCGCCGACACAACACACCGUGAGGAAGUGGUGGCACUGGUGAAGCCAAAGGGUGUGCGGCGUGUGCCCGACGCAACGGUUGCGUUGCUUCGCGAGUACAUGGGGACAGCAGAGGUUGUGUUUGACGAGGGCAUUUACGUGCGCGAGAAGCCGUUUAUCAAGGCGCUGUGUGCGUAUGCAGACUCGUCCGCGUGCGAAACGCGUCUGGACGCGCGCACGCGCAUGGCGCUGCCCAAACUGAAGGCAGAGCAGCUUGUACCCUUUCUCAAGGCGGCGAAUGUGUUGGUCAUUCGAGCCAGGCGCCGCUAUCCUCGCUUCACCGGACGUUUUGUCCACGGCAUUUUCCUGCAUGGGAUUGACGUUUCGUUUAACAUGCCCGAGCGGCAGCAGCAGCAGCAGCACGAGCAAGGCGAAGGGGAGGAGGCGGAGCAGAGGAAACAGCGGAAGCAAAAGCAGCGCAAGCGGGUGGUUGGUGCGGAUGGAAAGGAAUUGGAGGAAGAAGUGACGGUGACGGUAACCACGAGCCCGCCUCGCUCACCAUCCCCACACACUCGCACACAGCACAGGCCAGCAUCAGCAGCAGCAGCAGCAGCAGUAGCAGCAACAGUAACCACAACAGGACAACAGCAAGUACCUCCACCACCACAGCUGAAGGAAGACAUGAAGGAUGGGGCGCUGUUGUCUUCAUCGUCGCAUGCGAAGUCGCCGCAAGCACAGCCGUUGUCGCCGACAGCUGGUGCGGCGGUUGGCACAGAUACCACAACAGCAGCAGCAACAGCGAGCAUGAGCGCUGAUGUUGGUGCCGGUGGGGCCGCAGCAGCGUUAAAGGAGGAGAACGAGAAGUUGAAGCGAAAGAUUGAGGAGUUACAGAAACAGCUGGAGGCCAAAGGGGCCGCCAGUGCAAGUCAUGAAGUGACACAAGCACCACCACCGCCACCGCCACCACCGCCACCACCGCCUCCAGGUGUUGGUGCACCACCCCCUCCUCCUCCUCCUCCACCGCCACCACCAGCAUCAGGCAUUCCCCCUCCUCCUCCUCCACCGCCACCAGGAUCAGGCAUUCCUCCACCACCACCACCUCCACCAGGGUCAGGCAUUCCUCCACCACCACCACCGCCGGGAUCAGGCAUUCCACCACCACCACCACCGCCACCGGGCACAGGAGGGCCGCCACCACCACCGAUGAUGAUGCCUGUUGUGCCGCAAGGCCCGCGGAAACCAGUGGUGAAACCAACAGCGAAGAUGAAGCCGCUCUUCUGGGAGAAAAUCACGCUCACGCCCGACGAGAUUGCACACGCUGAGAAGGUGGAAGAAGCAAAGAAGAAGCGAGAGGAAAGGAAGAAGAGAAAGAGCAAUGAGGACAGUGACGACAACAGCAAGAGCGCCAGUGACGAUGAAGGCGGCGAUAAUGCUGACGACGACGGCAAUAACAACAAGGACGAUGAUGAUGACGAGGACGACGUAUCUGUGUGGGCGACGCUGAAGGAAGCGGAAUUGGACACGAAAGCGUUUGAGGACGCAUUUGCACAGAAGGUGGUGAAGAAGAAGGACAAAGCGGCAGAAGAGAAUGGAAAGAAGAAAGAGAAGAAGGCGGAGUCGUUUUCGGCGCUGGACGGAAAGCGCGCGCAGGCCGUUGGCAUUCUCAUGGGAUCGAUCAAGAUCGACAUGGACAAGCUUGAGCAAGCGGUUUACACGAUGGAUGAGAGUGUCUAUUCGCUGGAGAAGGUGAAAGCGCUGCACAUGAACAGGGCGACACAGGAGGAACUGGACCUGAUGUCCAUGCACCUCGACAGCGAAAAGGCAAAGAAGGUGCCGCUUGCAAAACCGGACGCGUUUCUGUGGGAGCUGAACAAGAUCUCCAACUUUGAUCUGCGUGUGCAAUGCUGGACGUUCAAGUCGACGUUUGAGGAGAAUGUGUUCACUGUUCAGGAGCGCAUUGAUGCCGUACGCAAGAGCUGCAUUGCAUUGCGUGAGAAUGCGUUUGUGCAGACGGUGCUGGCACACGUGCUCGCGUUUGGAAACUACAUGAACGGCAGCACGCGACGCGGACAAGCGGACGGAUUUUCUCUCGUGAUUUUGGCAAAGCUUCGCGAUGUCAAAACACAGGACAACUCAUCCACGCUUCUGGCCUUCUUGGGUGCGCGGUUUUCGCACACAUUAACGCGUGAUGACCCGACAGCCGGCACAGACGAGGCAGAGUUUCCACUGCCCAAGCCAGCCCUCCUCCAGAGCGCGGCUCAAAUCCGCUUCGAAGAUAUCAGCUCGGACGUGAAGAAGAUUGAGGUUGGCGUGAAGACGUGCUCGCGGCGCGUGGAUAAGGUGGUGGCAAGCACCGACAACGAAGACAUUGUGCAGCCCUUCAAGAACGAAAUGGAAGCGUUUGUCGCCACCAGCACCGCCACGGUACAUGACUUGCAGAAGCAGCUGGCAGCGUGUCAGGACCUCUUUACCAAUGUGCUCAAGUUUUUCAAGUACGGCAAGAAGGAAAAGGGCACAGGCGAGAAUGGCGCCAUCACGCCUGCCGACUUUUUCGACAUAUGGGCCUCGUUUGUCGCCGGAUACGAGGAGUGCUGGAAAGCAGAACAGAGGGAUGCUGCCAAACGCAUCUUCGAGGCUGCACGCAAGGCAAAGCUUGCGCAGCAGUCGAAGGGAAAGAAGGUGCGGAAGGUGAUGGGCGGGAUGAAGUCCAGGUUGAAGCGGCGGUUUGGCAGGAAAACGUCCUCAGCUGACGUAUCGCAAGCGACAAACGGGGAAGCGAAGCGCAGUGACGAUGGUGGAGGUGGUGAUGAUGGUGAUGGUGAGGAUGGCGGUGAUGGUGGUACCAGCAGUGAUCAGCGGAAACAGCAACAGAGCCAGGUAGACGACAAGGCGGCAAAACAACUAACCGACGAAGCAACCACAGCAACAGACAAGCAACACACAGAAGACCAGAAGCAGGAACAGGAGGAAGAAGAGGAGGAAGAAAAGGAGAGCAAGGAAGCUGGUCACAAGCAGGCCUGA